AUGACUACCAAAAUAGAUCUUCCUUAUUCUUCUUGUCCACCUCCUCCUCCAUUUCGUAAAUUGACAUACGAUGUGUUCCUCAGUUUCAGAGGUGAAGAUACCCGAAAAAACUUCACAGACCAUCUUUAUACCAAUCUCAUAAAGAAAGGAAUACACACGUUUAGAGAUGACGAAGAACUUAAGAGAGGGGAAUCAAUUGGUCCAAAUCUCUUGAAAGCAAUUGAAGAGUCAAGAUAUGUAAUUGUGGUGUUUUCUCAGAACUACGCCGAUUCUUCACAAACCGGGGAGCACUUUGGGAAAGCAUUUGAGAAGCAUCAAGAGCGGUUUGGAGGCAAUCCUGACAAAUUGCAGAGGUGGAAAGACGCUCUUGCUGAAGUAGGCAAUCUCUCUGGAUGGCAUCUGCAAGAUGGGUACGAAUCCAAAGUCAUUCAAGAAAUUGUUGGAAAGAUUUUCAACGAGUUAAAUCAAUUAAUCCCAAUAUCAGAGGGUUUAGUUGGGAUGGAUUCUCACCUAAAUGAAAUGCUUUCGCACUUAGACAUUGGGUGUCCGGAUGUUCGUAUCAUAGGGAUUUGUGGUAUGGGUGGUAUCGGUAAGACAACUAUUGCACAAGUGGUUUUUGAAAGGGUACAGGCUCAGUUUGAAGGUUGCAGCUUUCUUGAGAAUGUGAGAGAGCAGAUAACUGAAAAACAAGGUGCAGUUCAUUUACAACAGCAACUUCUUUCGGAUUUGCUGGGAUGUAGUGUAAAUGUACCGAACACUGGAAUGGGAAACAAUAUAAUGAGGCAGAGGCUACGUACUAAAAUGGUUCUUAUCAUUCUUGAUGAUGUGGACCAAGACGAACAAUUGGAAGCAUUGUGUGAUAGGGAAUCGUUUGGUCCUGGUAGUAGAAUCAUCAUAACUUCUAGAGAUGAACAUCUGCUCAGUGCAGUUGAAGGAGAUAAAGUAUAUAAGGUGAAUCCAUUAGCUUAUGCUGAAGCUCUUCAGCUUUUCAGUACGAAAGCCUUCAAGAAAGACCAGCUGGUUGGGGAAGAAUUUCUGAAGCUAUCCAAAGAAUUUUUGAAAUAUGCUGAUGGCCUUCCACUAGCUAUUAAAGUUCUGGGUUCUUCUGUUAAGGGUAGAAGUGUAGAGUCAUGGUUAAGUGCAUUGGAUAGACUUAAAGAAAAUCCUGGAAAAAAAAUUAUUAAUGUUCUCAAGGUUAGUUUUGAUGGAUUAGAACCAAGGGAACAGAAAAUUUUUUUAGACAUCGCAUGUUUCUUUAAAGGGGUGAACAAAGAUCGUGUAAGAAGAAUACUACAGGGUAGUAAUGCCCACUGUCCAGACAUUGAUAUACAGGUUCUCCUGGACAAAUCUAUGGUAACUCUAUUUGAAAAAAAAUUGUGGAUGCAUGAUUUGAUGCAGGAAUUGGGUUGGGAAGCUGUUCGCCAAGAAUGCCUUGAUGAACCGGGAAAACGUAGCAGGUUGUGGCUUGCCAAUGAAAUCAUCCAUGUAUUUGGUCGGAGUAAGGCCACGAGUGCAGUUCAAAGCAUUUACCUCGAAUGUCCGACAGCUGUCCCCCCAAGUGAUAAUGCCUUCUCAACUAUGGACAGAUUGAGAUUGCUCAAGAUUUGUAGGGCGAAGUUUUCCGGAAACAUCACAUAUCUUUCUAAUGAGUUACAGUAUCUUGAAUGGCAUGGGUUUCCUUUGGAUUCUUUCCCGUCAGGCUUUCAACCUGAUAAACUCGUUGAACUUCACUUGCGUUUGAGCCACAUUAAACAACUAUGGAAGGGGAAAAAGGGAUGGAGCAUGCUACGGCUUAUAGAUCUGACUUGUUCACUAUACUUGAUGUCGACUCCAGACUUCACGGAGGUUCCUGAUCUUGAAGUGUUAGUGCUUAACGGUUGCUUUAGCUUGGUGGAGAUUCACCCGUCUCUUGGAUUUCUGAAGAAACUUGUUAUUUUGGAUAUGUCAUCUUGCAACAUUGAGACCAUUCCACCUUUCAUUACCUUGGAAUCCCUUCAAAUAUUGAGGCUUUCAAACUGCUCAGGAUUGAAGAAGUUACCAGAAAUUGAAGGAAAUAUGGAAAGCUUGCUGGAGCUUCAUUUGGAUGGGACCAUCAUAGAGGAAUUGCCCCCAUCAAUUGAACGCUUGACUGGUCUAACAAUGUUGAAUCUAAAAGGUUGUAGAAACCUUUUGCAUCUUCCCAAUACCAUUCUGUGCUUGACAUCUUUGAAAAGUCUCGAUCUAUUUGCUUGCUCCAAAAUUGAUGAGAUUCCUGGGAAUCUGAAUGGUAUGAAAUGUUUGGAGAGGCUUUGCAUUGGUCGAACUUCCAUAAGGGAGUUAUCUUUCAUUGUAGGCAUGAAGAAUCUACGGUAUCUAUACUGCCGAGGAUGUGAAUGUCUAGUUUCAGAAUCAUACAAAGCUCUGGCUUCGUUAUCGAAUUUGAUAGAGCUAGACUUGAGUGAUUGCAAUCUGAUGGAUGGAGCAAUUCUCAAUAAUUUAAGCAGCCUAAUCUCCCUAAGAUGGUUAUAUUUAUGUGGUAAUGGCUUUGUACUCUUACCUGAAAGCAUCUAUCAACUCCCAGAGCUCGAGAUUCUGGACUUGACUUACUGCAGACAGCUUCAAUUGCUGCCCAAGAAGGAUUACCCAAAUCAAAUCAAAUUAUUGAAUCCAGUGGAAUCAGAACUGAUGUUCUAUGUAUCUCGUUUGGGGGUUCCAGAGGGGUCAGAUAAAUCAUCUCUGGUGAGGGCUAUGCUUUCGACGGUUCAAAACACCAAUGCAUCCUCGGUGGCGGAAGCUAUGCUUGAUCCCACCAAUCCAUCCACGCUGGUGAGAGCUGUGUUUGAAAAAAUCAAUCCACCCACGCCCACGCUGGUCCAGAAAUCUGGAAUUCGUCAAGUCUAUGAGCAAGAUGCUGGAUGGGUUUCCAGAACAUCCCCGGUCAACGGCACCCUACCGAUUGUUUGUCUGAAUAAAGAUGAGGAAGCCGCCUCUGUAUCGGAGUCUGGCUGGAUUAGUCAAUCUUUGAAAUGGGAGAAAUUCAUUCCACCCUUGGAAGAAGAAUCCACGCUUGUGUUGAGAAAGAACCUUGAAUCUGUUCUUCCAAGAUAUCUUGAGGCACUAAACAGUUACUCUAAAAUGUUCGAAUUUAACCUCAGAGGAAGCCCAGGGUGGUUUGGGGUCUCUGAAGCAUUCAACAGACUAGACAGUUACCCUGAAAUGUUCAAAACGAGGGCAGAUUAUACCAGAGUGUCAAUCGAGCAGCCUCAAAAUCUACACAAGAGCAAAAAGUGGAUGGGAUUUGCAAUAUGUGCAUCACUUGCGAAGGAAGUGGGGCAGACAAUGAAAAAGAACUAUUGGGUAAGUGGUAUGGUAGGAGCUAGGAAUAGUUUAUCUACGGAUGUGGGCCAAGUACAUAAGCACAUCAGGCCAUUGUCAGAAGAACAUCAUCAACUAUUGGUUUUUUACAUACCGCGGGCACAGAUUCCCGAAGCGUUGUUCACUCAGACAUUAACAACUACAAUGUACUUUUACAUCAUCAUCCACAGCCCCUAUGUAAAAGUUCAAAGAUGUGGGGUCCGUGUUGUGUAUCAGGAAGAUAUACAAGGGUUUGCUGAUACAAUUAUCCUGUGCAUGCAAAGGGAAGAUUCUUUUGAAUCUCAGAAUAAGUUGGUGGUAGAAGAAUGGAUACGACUGAUACAAUUGCAAGGUGCCCCAAAUUUAGAGAGAAUGACAAAACGUGAUUCCAGAAGCCCACGGGAAAAAUACUUUGAAUUGCACUCACGAAAAUAUAGAAAUUGGGACUGGUCUGACAAUCCUGUUUCUUUUCACUUCAAGGGAGCUGUAAUUUCCAAGUGGAAACGGUUCAUGCCUUUCAUCAACCAGGGCAACUCUGCAGAAAUCCAACUGCCUCUGAGUGUGUUCGAUGGUGAUAAUUGGUUGGGGUUUGUUGUAUGUUGUUGGUUGUCCCACGACCAAUAUCCAAACAUUAGUCAUGGCAGUACCGUUCUCGAUUCAGAGAAUGUUGUGCUUACUUGUCGUCUGGACUUAUUCAGAGAUGUUGCUUGGCAGGGCUUAUUAGAUUUCACGAUGCAUAGUCAUAUUAAGAUACAGGAGCCAUCGAAAUACUAUGCAACUCGGUUCCUUUAUGUACCGCGCAAUGGAGUUCAAAGUGACAUUUGGUGGCAAGGCAAAUUGGCCAGGAUAACUAUGCGGUUGUCUAGCCCAUGCUUAGCGGUGCAUAAUUGUGCCCUUCGUCUACUAUUUAAGGAGGACGUUGAACAUCUUGUAGAAACACUGACCCUCGCCGAAUUACCUUGAACAUCCCCCAGCAUCUGCUGCUGAAUAAUGGAGAAGGAGGCAAACGUCUGCAAGCAAGAGUUUCCUAAUGGAGAAUGAGAUAAAAACGUUGUGAUCAUAUCUAGUGCUUAAUAAUGUGGUGUUGAGAAUGUUGUUUGCUCCUACUCGAGGAGCAAUUAAUUUGAUUAGUAUUACGUGUGUUCAUUUUGUUUAGUAAUGUUACUGAACGACCUGUUCAUUUUGUGAUUGUCCCAUAAACUGGUUCACGACUAUAACAAUGAACAUGGGUCCAGAUUCUUGUUUCUGGUA